AGUAAUAAGACCGAGAUGUGUUUUGGUUUCCAUGGAGCAGUUUCCUUUAUCAGAAAGUCAAUUUUUGUUCUACUUAUCGCCAGUGCUUUUGUUUUGAUUUUGCUUAGCCAGAUCUUCCUAAAACAUAUAAAAAGACCAGAGAGCCUGGCUGUGGUUUCUCUUGCAGGACGGCACCAAUUAAGGAUUCUAGCAGGACAGUGUAUGUUUCAGUUCAGAAUGGAUUGGCUUCAGCAAUUUUUCCUCCAUCCUGUGUCACUUUAUCAAGGGGCUGCUUUUCCUUUUGCACUGCUGUUUAAUUAUCUCUGCAUUAUGGAUUCAUUUUCCACUCGGGCCAGGUACCUCUUUCUCCUGGCUGGAGGAGGUGCCCUGGCCUUGGCUGCCAUGGGUUCAUUUGCCCUGCUGGUUUUUAUCCCUGCUUUCUGUACCGUGGUUUUGGUCUCUUCUCUUGGCCCACAGGAAGUCCACAGGCGGACUUUCUUCUUUCAGAUGAGCUGGCAGACCCUGUGUCACCUGGGUCUGCACUACACCGAGUAUUAUCUGCAAGAGACUCCUUCCACAAGGUUCUACAUCACUCUCUCUUCCCUCAUGCUCUUGACCCAGAGGGUCACAUCUCUCUCUCUGGACAUUUGUGAGGGGAAAGUGGAGGCUGCAGUAGGAGGCAUCCAGAGCAGGAGCUCUUUGUCUGAGCAUCUCUGUAAGGCUCUGCCCUAUUUCAGCUACUUGCUCUUUUUCCCUGCUCUUCUGGGAGGCCCUUUGUGUUCCUUCCAGAGAUUCCAGGCUCGUGUUCAAGGGCCCAGCUCUUUAUGUUCCAGGAUUUCUUUUUGGGCUCUGACUUGGAAGGGCCUGCAGAUUCUUGGACUGGAGUGCCUAAAGUUGGCCCUGAGCCGGGUGGUGAGUGAAGGAGCAGGACUGACAGGUUGCCAGCAGCUUGAGUGCAUUUAUGUCAUGUGGUCCACAGCUGGUCUCUUCAAACUCACCUACUACUCUCACUGGAUCCUGGAUGACUCUCUCCUCCAGGCAGCAGGCUUUGGGGCUGGGCUCAGUUCAAGCCCUGGUGAGGAGGGAUAUAUCCCUGAUGCAGACAUUUGGACACUGGAAACAACCCAUAGGAUAUCUCUGUUCGCAAGGAAGUGGAACCAAAGCACAGCUCAGUGGCUCAGACGGCUCAUAUUCCAGCACAGUAGGAGCUGGCCAUUGUUGCAGACCUUCGCCUUCUCCGCCUGGUGGCAUGGACUCCAUCCAGGACAGGUACUUGGUUUUUUUUGCUGGGCCGUGAUGGUAGAAGCUGACUACCUGAUUCACACCUUUGCCAAUUUAUUUAUCAGAUCACGGCCUGUGAGACUUCUCUAUAGAGCCCUCACCUGGGUCCAUACCCAGCUCAUCAUUGCCUACAUAAUGCUCGCAGUGGAAGUCAGGAGCCUCUCCUCUGUCUGGUUGCUGUGUAAUUCUUACAACAGCUUCUUUCCAAUGCUGUACUGUAUUUUGCUCUUUCUAUUACUGAAGACAAAACAUAAAUUUAACUGAUAUCUUUCUCUGCCUUUCAUCCUACGCUCCCAUGAAACAGAGUUUAGAAGUUGCUACAUGAUGCAGUGAUGAUGUGUGUCUUUCAAUUUUCCAAUAAUAAAAGUUUUAAGUAUUAGAUGGACAUACCUUGUGAUUUGCCAUAAAAAUUUGCGUGUUGGACUGGGAACGCCGAGUUCAGUGAUAGAGUGCUUGCCUGGUGUAUUCAAGGCCCUGGGUUUGGUCACCAGCAUUGCAGGAAAAAGAAAAAAAAAAAAAGAAUUGUGUGUCUACUUUAACAAGCUAUUUUGUUACCACUGAGGAUAUAAAACAGAAAUAAACAUGGCUUCAUUCAUUCCUUAGACUUUGCUUACUAGGUAUGGAAGCAAAAUAAGAAAAAUACAAAUUACAUUGAACCACAUGGAAAAUGGUGUAUACAUGAACAUCCAAAAAUUGAGUUCAUUUGGCCCACUUAAUCCUGGAAUAUGAACUUUGGCAAUACUGUUUUAGUUUGCUUUUCAUAACCAUGAUGAAAUAUAUGAGACAUACUAACUUAGGAAGAAAAGGAGGCUUAUUUAGCCCUUGGUUUUGGAGGUUCAAAGUCCAAGAUUGAAUAGGCCUCACUGGUUUGUCCUCUGGUAAGUGUCACAUCAUGGCAGGUAUGUGUAUGGGGGCAAAGGAUCACCUGUCAAACAGGAAGCCAGAGAGCUGGUUGGGGCCAGGAUCAGGCUUUUAUAACACCUCAGGAGAACUAUCAAAUGGUUUCAUGAGAAUUAGUUUGAUCUCAUUAGUGGGAAUACUCUC